AUGUCAUACCAUGUCGACUACGCCACCGAACAAGAUGCCGUCGAGUUGGGCCGAAUCAACUAUGACAGCUUCCAAAACCGACUAGUGCUACCAGCGAUGUUCCCUGAAGCCGACGAACCAUCACUACGGACGUACAAGUCCUUCCACGCGAUGAAGCAUCUAUACACUCCAGAAACACACGUAGUGAAGGUCACCGACAACGGAGUCGUAGUCGGGUACGGACGCUGGUACAUUCCGGCAAUCCUGGGCGUAACCCCGAAUGUGCCCGAACUGAGCCAGCAAGGCCAAAUCUACGCCAAGGAUCCAGUGGCUUUUGCACCACAGCCUAUGAAUAUGAAGGCGUUUACGGGGUUUAAGAGUGCAUUGGAAAAGGGGAGGAAGGAACACACGACGGAACGAGAUAUGAUGCUUGACCUGCUGGCUACAUUGCCUACUUAUCAGGGACGGGGUGUGGGGACUGCCAUGCUUCGGUGGGGUAUCGCGCAGGCCGAUGCUUUGCAGGCUCGGAUUUACCUGGAGGCUACUCCAGAGGGUUACCCGUUGUAUGUUAAGUAUGGAUGGAAGGAAGUGGGUGAAAUCGAAUUUGAUUUCGAUCAAUUGGGUUAUCACGGGAAGGAGAAUUUGAUUCUCAUGAUGCGAGAUCCUGUACCACAGAGAAAUUGA